AUGAUUAAAUUUAUCUUAAUCGUUGCCUGUAUUAAACUUGGAUAUAGUUAUCCAGAAGAUGCACAGAAUAAUGUCUGUACUUCAAUGAUGCCUCGUCAUGAUGCUGUACCAAAACAAUGUCAAUCCAGAUAUAUUAUUCAAUCCGAAACAUCUGAAUAUAAUAUUAAUGACAUUAUUCGAAUUACUGUUCGUGGUUCAACAAAUGUUGAUUAUUUUAAAGGAAUUCAUUUAAUCGCAAAAAAUCAAAAUAAUCAACAUAUCAUUGGUAGUUGGUCCAUAACCAAUUCAGCAAUUAAAACAAUUUCUUGUAAUGAAACAGAAAAUGUUGCUAUAAUUCAUUCGUCAGCUGAUAAUAAAUUACAAAUCGAAGCAUUUUGGCAUGCACCAUCAAUCAUAUCCGAAGAAAAAACUAUCAUUAAAGCAACAAUUGUUACACCAGAUGAUGAAAUUUAUGUCGAUUGUUUUAAUAUUACACUAACACCAAAACAAAGUAAUUCAUUACGUAUUCAAUCAAUAGCAGCAGAUACUGAAAGAAGUAUAUUAACAAAAACAAAAACAAAUAUAACAUGGCAUUAUAUUGAAGAUACAGUAACAGUAACAGUAACAGCAGGACAUAUGAAUGUUCGUGAAUGGAUAGCUAUUGGUUUUUCACUGGAUCGACAAAUGGGUGAUGAGUAUGUAUUUGUAUGUCAAAUUUCAUCAACAAAUGCAUCACUUCAACGAAUGCAUACAAAACUUGGCAAACUACCCCCAUUACUGUCUAGUCAAGCAGUAAAUGUAACUAGUGUAAAAUUCGAAAAUGGUUAUGUUACUUGCCAGUUUUCAUUUGAAACAACUUCUGCACAAGUUGAUGGUGAACCGGCACCGAUUGUCAUAAAACAAGAUUAUUAUCUUCUUUUUUCUGGUGGAAUUUUAAGAACAGAAAAUCAAAUAACAAAACAUAAUUUUACAUAUGUUUCAUCCGAAACUUAUCAAUUACAAAAUCCUAAAACAAUUAUUUUUGAUGAAUCAAAUACAAAUAUAACAGACAAUAAUACUUUAACAAGUUCAUCAGGGAGUUCUUUGAGUACGGCUACAACAGCUUCAACAAUAAAUGAUAUUGGAGUUAAUAUUAAUUGGGCAUAUGCUAGUGGCAUAACAACUGUUAAAAUGAUAAUUAAUAAUUUAAAAAUAUCUCAAUGGCUUGCAAUAGGUCUUUCGCUUGAUGACUUCAUGGGAGAAGAUCAUGUAUUUAUUUGUCAACAUUUAGGCAAUAAUACAAUAGUUCUUCAGCGUUUUAUUAAUCCAGGUGGUCAUUCAAGACCAGUUUUAGCUAGUACAACAGCCGAUCUAGGUGGUAGUUUCAAUGUUAUUCUACAAAAAUUUGAAAAUGGUAUAACCUAUUGUGAUUUUACUCUAUCAAAUUUCGUUGAUAUACGACGUCAAUCACGUCAAACUAAUGUUCCUAAACUUUCUCAAACGGCUAGUUAUCGACCACUUAUAGCUAUUGGAAAUUUAGAUAGUUCAAAUGUGCUAAUGAAACAUGCACAAAGUUCACGUACGCCAUUAAAACGAGACGUUUUCCUGAAUCGACAAGAAACACUUUUCUAUAAUGCAGAACCAACCGGGUCGGAUUCAACGGGUUUAAUGAAAGCACAUGGUAUUAUUAUGGCAUUUACUUGGAUAGUCCUUGUUUCAACUGGUAUUCUUAUUGCCCGUUAUUUCAAACCAUUAUGGCCAAAUAAGAAAAUAUGUAAUAAAGCAGUCUGGUUUGCCAUUCAUCGUGCAAUAAUGACUUCUGUUGCUGUAUUAACAUUAAUUGCAUUCGUUCUUAUUCUUGUCUUUAAAAAAGGACAAUGGGUAUCACAACAUUAUAAAGUUGAAUUUAGUCAUUCAAUAGUUGGUAUACUUGUCAUAAGUUUUUCUAUAAUUCAACCAUUAAUGGCAUUAUUUCGUUGUCAUCCAGAUGAGCAUUAUCGGUUUAUAUUUAAUUAUGCACAUGCAACUGUUGGUCUUAGUGCAUUUACACUUUCAGUAGUAGCUAUAUUUUUAGCAAUGUUUUUCACACGAUUUAAUUUUCAAUUGAAGAAACAAUGGGCAAUUUUAGUUGUAUGGUCAUGUUGGUUACCGAUUAUAUUUAUUACAUUUGAGAUAAUUGAAAUUUAUUUUCGACAAUCUUCAUCCUCAACAGAAAAAACAAAUUCAUUUGAUAUGAAUGAUCAGUUUGGAAAUGCUACAGGCAAAAUAGUUACAAAACCAGUGACACAAAGUCGUGAAAAAGACCGAAUUAAACAAUUUGCUCUUUUGCUUCAUAUUAUAAUCGCUCUUGGAUUAGCAUUAGCAUUAAUCAUUCUUAUUGGACGAUCGUAG